AUGAAGGUGUUCAAUAUUGCUACGAGUGAAUUCUUGAAGAAUUUGACUUAUUUGAACCUGAGUGGUAAUGAAAUUCGCAAUGAAGGUGUCAAAUAUAUUGCUACGAGUGAACAUUUUAAUAAGUUGAUUUCGUUGAUUCUGUAUAGCAAUAGAAUUGGCAGUGAGGGUGCGAUAUAUUUUGCUAUGAGCGAAUGGUUGAAAAAUUUGACUUGUUUGGAUCUGGAUAAAAAUCAAAUUGACAGUGAAGGAGCCAAAUAUAUUGCUACGAGUGAACGGUUGAAAAAUUUGACUUGUUUGAAUCUGAGUUGCAAUAGAAUAGAUCUGUCUGACAAUCAAAUUAGUAGUGAAGAUGUCGAAUAUAUUUCUACAAAUGAGUGGUUGAAAAAUUUGACUUCUUUGGAUCUCAGUUACAACGAAAUUGACAAUGAAGGAGUCAAACAUAUUGCUAAGAGCCAAUAUAUGAAGAAGAUGUCUGAUUUGAAUCUGUGCAGCAAUAGAAUUGACAACGACGGUGCUAAAUAUAUUUCUAACAAUGGCCGGUUGAGGAUUGUGAUUGAUUGGGAUAUAAGUGACUAUGAAAGUGAUUAUGAUUGGGAUUAA